AAGCACACCGAGGUCGCCGCAGAGGCAGCAGCCGUCAGCCACCACCCACCGCGACCGAGGAAGAAGAAGAGAGGAGAUCAGGAGGAGGGGAAGAGGAAGUAGGGAUGGGUUUCGUGAUGGAGUUCGCGGAGAACCUGAUCCUGCGGAUGAUGGAGGACCCGGGGAAGCGGGACGCGGCGCAGCGGGAGCACGUGUACCGGAUGAAGGAGCGGUGCGAGCGCACCAAGGCGGCGUGGAGCCUCCCGCUCCGCCCCUACGGCUUCUGGACCUUCGACCGCUUCAACUCCCAGCUCUCCUGGGAUCCCCAGAUCAGCCACGCCCCCGGCCGCCGCGACCCCUACGACGACGUCCUCCACCGCCACUCCAACCCACCCCCCUCCUCCUCCUGAUCCCCCGAUUCGAUCCGGAAUAGAUGCCGUUCGUGAGGAAGUGUGGUCGCAAUAAGAAACCCGUUUCCAUCCAAAUGACGUCUUUGAAAAUUUUAUCCUUGAACUACCGUGCUUUGGUCAUAUGCUUUCUGUUUGGUUAAAAGCUCAGAUCCAGAAGGUCUUAGAGAGGCCGUUCUGUAUUUCCGUUCUUGAUUUUACUGUUCUGUAUGGCUGUACCACAGAAGGUUUUAAUAAUCGCACUGAGGAAUUGCUUGCGUCAUUAAAAUUUGAAAACCAUUCCAAUUGUUGUGGUA